AUGGGCGGCGGUGGUAAAGUCCCCUACCCGAAACACGUCUGGUCACCGGCUGGUGGUUGGUAUGCGCAACCUCACAACUGGAAGUCGAACACGAUCAUAUUUGGGGCGGUCAUCGCAGCAUGCGCAGGUAUUGCUUGGAGAGUCUCGGCGGAAAGAGAGCACAGAUACAAGAUGCCGGAGCGGAAUGCCUUCUUCCCCAGCCGAUAUUGGAGCAGACAGAUAAUCGAGCAUGAGAAGGCCCAGAAAUAG